CCACGGGCCUGCCUCAGCCCGGCUCCUGCCCCCAGGCGGGAGAGGUCCAAGGUGCCCUACAUCGUGCGCCAGUGCGUGGAGGAGAUCGAGCGCCGCGGCAUGGAGGAGGUGGGCAUUUACCGUGUGUCCGGGGUGGCCACCGACAUCCAGGCCCUGAAGGCCGCCUUCGACGUCAACAACAAAGACGUGUCUGUGAUGAUGAGCGACAUGGACGUCAACGCGAUCGCCGGCACGCUCAAGUUAUACUUCAGGGAGCUGCCCGAACCCCUCUUCACGGACACGCUGUACCCCAGCUUUGCGGAGGGCAUCGCGCUUUCGGACCCCGUGGCCAAGGAGAGCUGCAUGCUGAACCUCCUGCUGUCCCUCCCGGAGCCCAGCCUGCUCACCUUCCUCUUCCUCCUGGACCACCUGAAAAGGGUGGCGGAGAAGGAGCCGGUCAACAAGAUGUCCCUCCACAACCUGGCCACCGUCUUCGGCCCGACCCUGCUCCGGCCCUCGGACAAGGAGAGCAAAGCCCCGGCGACCCCGAGCCAGCCCAUCAGCAUGGCCGACAGCUGGUCCCUGGAGGUGAUGGCCCAGGUCCAGGUGCUGCUCUACUUCCUGCAGCUGGAGACGCUGCCGGCCCCCGACGCCAAGAGGCAGAGCGUCCUUUUCUCCACCGAAGUGUGACGGCAUCCACGGCCGGGCGGCCCCUGGGACAGGAGGCAGGGAGGCCGGGGCCGCAGAGCUCCAGGGGUCCCCGGCCUGGGCAGGAGGGGCUGCCGGCUCCUCUCCUUCGACCUCGGAGGCCCCUCAGGAGGACCCCGGCUGAGACGCCCUCGUGCCGCCCCCUCCCCGCCUCCCAGCCUCUCGGCAUCCUCAGCCGCUGCCUCCGCUCGCUCGCCCCCCGCCCGCCCGCAGAGACUCUGCUGCUCGCCGCCCCUCGGCCCCCUCUCGGGGCCCCCCACAGGACCCUCCGGGAUGAGAGGCUGGGCCGCCCCCAAGGGAACGGGUCCUUCGUCUGUCCGGGGCCCCUUCGGUCUUAUUUAUGGAGGACGUGGAAUGUGGAAUAUUAAACGUCAGAUUCCA